CCCAAUAAAUAAUGAGAAUGAAAAAGAAAGAAACAUAAUAAUAACUUCAACUGUUUUCCUGUUGUCAGUCACCUGACUGUUACUCCCAUGAAAUUUGUCAUAAGAUUCCAUGGAUCCUAAUGGAAUAUAUAGAAAUUACAUGGACGAGCAAUGGAGAAGUAUCAAAUUAUUUUGGAAGAAAUAUAUGAGAGGAAAGAAACUGUUGAUUCUAUUUAAUGUUUUUGAUGCUAUUGUUAAGGAAAGCUCUCUUUUUCUUGGAUAUGAAUUUGAUAAGGAUUAGCUCUCUUCAUCGCAAACAUAGGAUCUCUUUGGUUUUCCUAGAUUUAUAGUUGGAAACCUUUAGCAUAGAAGUGUCACUGCUCAUUGAUGGUUUAUGAGGUUAGCCAAUGCAUCCUACAUAGUAAUGCUUGUUCCAAAGUGAGACUGAAAUCCCAUGUUAAAAAUUAUCUUAAAUCAGUUAUAUUCUAUAUAUUUUUUUAUAAUCGUCAAGUCAUGGGAUUGGAAGGUUUUUGGUGGGAACAUUUGUCACUAAGUACUUCUAUACCUGUUUGUCUAGAUAAACUACACACAAAAUUAAGAGGUGAAGGCGGUAUUAAAGCGUUGCUUGGAAUGGUGAGAUGUGGACAUCCAGAUGUUCUUGCUCAAGUUGCACGUGGAAUUGCUAACUUUGCAAAAUGUGAGUCCAGAGCAUCUACUCAAGGAACAAAGAGUGGCAAGUCUCUCCUCAUUGAUGAUGGCGCACUUCCUUGGAUUGUACAGAAUGCAAAUAAUGAAGCUUCACCAAUCAGGCGCCAUAUUGAACUUGCACUUUGCCACUUGGCACAACAUGAAGUGAAUGCAAAGGACAUGGUUAGUGGAGGUGCUCUGUGGGAGCUGGUCCGUAUUUCAAGAGAUUGUUCUCGAGAGGACAUAAGAACUCUUGCGCACCGGACACUAACUUCCAGUCCCACAUUCCAAGCUGAACUAAGGCGGUUACGGAUAGAGUGUUGAAGAUUAUUCUGAGAAUAAGCAGGCCUAUGAAGUUUUGUUAGAAGGUUGUGGGAACCAUAAUACCUUGAUGAAUAUGUUUGUCAAUGUAUUUAACUUCACCUUUUUCUUUUUCUUUCUUUUAUUUUAUUUUAUUUUUAUAUUUCUUUGGAGGGGGGUGUGGGGUGGUGUUGCACUCCAAAGCUUUCUUCAUUCAAAUGCGUCCCCCAAGUCUAACCUUUUGAUAUCAAUAUUGUAGAAAUUUAUUUGUAUAUGCAAUGAAAAAGUAAAACUUCUCUAUUAUUAUCA